AUGACAGGGGAAUCUCUCAGUUUGCUAUCCCCUGAAGACCAAUAUCGGAUUGAAUCAGUUCUUGAUUACAUUGAAGAUAUUGAUCUUCGACGAUGGAGAUUACCAGAUAUCAAGGCAUUCAGCUUCGGUCUCAAGGACUGGCGCUCGAGGAUCAACUGCAUCACCAAUCCUUACAUGUACGAACAGUUGUUAAGAAUAAGUUCAGCGGAUCUCAUUGCUUAUGGGAAUUCGUAUUUUUCAUCUCGGCUUGUGGAAGCAAAGAAACUGCUGAAGCUGAAUAAAGCUAUCAGGAUCAGAUUGGGAAGAGGGCUCUAUGGAGAGUGCCUGGGAAUGCGCGCAGAUGGUAACCAUCAACUAAGCGAUGAACUUGGCAAGCUACUUAGUCUACAAAGUGCUGCAGCUGGUUUGAGAAUUGCUGAUAGUGAUUUCGUAAAACAUCUCAGGCCAAUAGGAGCUGUGACAUUCAUGCAGCGGAAUAAUCUCAAAAUGUGCUUGAGAAGUACCGACGAUGUAACGGAUACAUCUGAAGUUGCUAAGGCUUAUGGAGGAGGUGGAACUUCUUGUUCAAGCUCGUUUAUCAUAAGAAUGGAUGAAUAUAAUCAGUGGAUUGCGAGGAAUCGAACAUGA